GCCCUCUUUUACUACAACAGCCCUUGCUAGGUUGCUCUUCUUCCUCUCUCUCUCUCUUCACUCUGAACUGGAAAUGGCUGGACUUGCUAAGACCAAUGAUACUGGAGAUGACAAAGUUACUAAAUGGAUAUGGGUUGAUUCAAACCAUUAUGUCGAUGUAUUACAAACAUUGGUUGAAAAGAAUUUAAUAGACAAGGAAGAUAGCUACAAUCCCCAAAAACUUAGCUAUUUUAAGGUUACGACUAAAAGAGAGAACGUGGAGAAAAUACAAGAUGCUAUUAGAGACAUGAAUGAAGCUUGGUUUCCACAAGGUAUGUCGUAUCCAACUCAGGACUACACACCUAAGGCAAGGCUGGCAUCUACUACUCCACUUGCUGCUAAACUUGAAGGUGACCCACAAACACCAACAGUUACCAUUGAGUUGACUUACACAUAUGAAUGCUUAGCUGGUGCUGUAAUAAAACCAUUGGUAGCUGAGCUGAUUAAAGGACUGAAAAAAGCACCUCCUUAUGACAGUGAAGAGAAAGUUAAAGGUGUGCUGUAUAGAGUGACAGUGAAUGAAAACCCAAGGGAAUUUGUCUUCAAGCCUACUCUACAAGACCCAAAGCCUGUCACAAGUGCCAUCAUUGUAUCUGCAAAUGCAAUUGACUUUCACUCAGACAAUCCAGAUGCUGAAAAUGAUGUAUACAAGAUACUGAAUGACAUGAAAGCAGAGAAGAUAAUACCAUGUCUAGACUCUUGUGAAAUAGAGAAGAAGAGUUCGGAAGCAAAAGGUAAAGACAAGAAGUAAAAACAUUACA